AUGCCGAUGGUCAACAGUUAUGCGCCUGCCUGGCUGUGCCGGCCCUCGCCUGGCGCAAAGUUCCUGUCCAGCAGUUCAGCCCAAAGUCCAGCGGAGGACCUGCAAACCGGAUCCAAGCCUGUGAGCAAUGGAGCUACUCGAACGAUUGCCAAGAGGGGAAAUGAGGUGUUCGCCGUUGUUGACAAUGAGAUACGGUGGUCAAACCUUGCCCGACUCAAAGACCAAUGGCAGCAAGAAAUUAAGCAAAAGAAGGGAUCUGCUGGUCAAACUGAAGAGCAAUCCGACAACAUUCAGCCUUCGCCCUACAGGGUUCUAGCAGUGCCUGUGUACGGACUGAUCAAACAGAUCAUCCCCUCUCCAAACGGUGCCUUCCUUGCCAUCGUCACCGAACACACCGUUCACAUCUCCGUCCUGCCCGAUUCUUCGCACCUUUCGUCUUCCGACUCCGACUCUAUCCGGCUGAAGACAUAUCAGUUAGGACCGACGACCCAUGUUAUUCCCGAGGCUCCGGUGGUCUCCGCGCUAUGGCAUCCACUUGGAUUGCACACCAAUCUAGGGGGAUGUAUUGUUACAACCACAGCUGAUGCCGCGGUGCGUGUGUGGGAGUUGGACCGGAAUAACCACUGGUCCUUCGACCAGCCGACCCUAGCAAUCGAUCUGAAGAAGCUUGUCGAUGGGACCUCAUCCGACCAGGACUUCGCGCCUUCUGGAUUUGGCAAAAGCAAGGGAUUCUCUGCCGACGUCAUUGACAUGGAGGUUGCGUCGGCCUGUUUCGCUGGCAGUGGGAACGAGAAAGAAGAUGCAUGGGCGCCUAUGACCCUGUGGGUAGCCAUGAGACCCGGUGAUCUCUAUGCGCUUUGUCCUCUCCUGCCUUCGAAGUGGCAAGCCCCUUCUACUACCAUUCCGUCUCUUUCCGCGGCGAUUAUUCCGAAACUCGGUGCUCUGGAACAGGAAGAUGAGGAGUCGGAGGAGGAACUGAUUGCCUGCCGGCAACAGUACGACUGGCUUUCCGAGCUUGACGAACAAGAGCCUCUGGACGCGCGAUCUGGGUCAGAAACAAUCCAAGGGGCAGAUGUUUUCACUCGCCCGGCCAAUCCUAGCGCCAUUCCAAGGUUACAAGGCCCCUUCCGCUUCAAUAAUGGCGAUGAGCUCGAUGAUUUGGAUCUCUGUGAUCUCCUUGUCAUUGCUGCCAGUUUAAACGUCGAGGAUCUCAUGAUGGGCGAGGAAGAAGAGUUAGUUGUGGAAGCCGGAGACCAAGAGAAGCUUUCGGCAACGGUGCUCUCUCUGACUAGUGGGAAUGGCCGAGUCCACAUCUGUCUGGAGCUCGAUGGCGUUGAAGGACAAUGGCUACCCAAAGCUAGAAAGAACGCGUUCCGAACUCCUAUUUCAGAGCCGACUGAAUUGGUCUUGGUCGAAUCUCUAGAUACAAUCAAGGAUGGAGAGGAAACAACUACAUGGCCUACUUUCACUAAAGAUGUCCAUUCUCGGUACUCGUUCUUUGUCACAACUGCCACCAACGUGGUGUUCCUGUCUCUAUCCAGUUGGGUACAGAGACUGGAGGCCGAAUUGCAAGCGGAAGACCUAGCCGGUUCCGCUUUCCGUCUCCAGGUUCUCUGUGACGGGAAUGUGACCAACCGAGAGAGAAUUUUGCAGGUUUCGAAUGCCGAUAUUACCGCGCAGGAUCAACGUCUUGCCACGUCUCUUGUUUUCCAUGACUUCGACCUUGGCUACUUGCUCCUCACCUACCAUCCAUCUAACCCUUAUGCGGUUGUAAUGGAUACACCAGAAGAUUCUCUAUCCGUGGCACUGGACAAAUCGCUGUAUGGGCCCAGGGCGCCAGCGCCAGGCUUGCCUAUUUUGCCCCCGAGCCGGGUGCCAUAUCAAGUUCCCGCCAUUUUCUACGCCAACUCUCCGCUGGAUUCUUUUGUCGAGAAGCACGUCCCGCACCGGCAACGCCACACGCUCAAGGAGCAAGUGCGCUUGUCUCCCGCGACAUUGGACCUCGUGGCUACUGCGCAUCGCGUGCUAUCCGCUCAUACAAAUGCUCUUGAGCGAGCUGCUUCAGAUUUAUUUCGCCGCUGUGAGCGGCUGCAGGGCGAGAUGCAGGACCAAUUGAAGCAGCUUGCAGAUGUUGGAGAGCGUGUCAAGGGAGUCACGAGUGAGAUAAGGGAAGAUGGGCAUCGCAAGGAGGGAGUCCGAAAUGGAGAAGCGCUGGAUAAGAGAUUGCAAGCCGCCCAGGAUAAGCAAAGUGAACUGAACCAACGAUAUGAGGCACUACGCACAAAGGUCCUGAAUUCUGGUGGUCGCCCUCUGAGUGAACGGGAGAAGGCUUGGAUAACCGAGGUAAAGACAUUGUCUGCAUCCUUACAGCAGGUUGAAGACCAAGAGGAGGAUCAACCGUUGAUCUCACGGUUGGAGACUGUCAAACGCCUUGCUCGGGACCUUAUGGCCCAAACCAAAUCUGUCACGGGCAAAAUGCCUUCUCCAGAACCUGGCAGUCCGUCCUCUCCUGGGGGCCAGCCUAAGGUGCCCCAAAGACUGCAACGGGCCAAGGUUGCAGAUGCAAUGAGGAUGGUCGAACGAGAGUCUGCCGUUAUUGACGCGAUUACCUCACGUUUGGAACGACUGAACACUAGUCUGUGA